AUGGUUUGUCCACCUGGUAUAGUUGGAUUCGAAAGUCCUGAUGGCACUUCUGAUUUACCCAAAGAGUCUCCAGUACACCAGCUCUUUGACAUACCGGCCUCGUUGGCAGGACACACUGAUGGACGAAUACACCUGCGGCCAUUAUGCGGAACGUCAGGACCAAAGGGCCGGGGUCCCUUUGCACUUCAAUAUCUGGUUGAUGUCAAUGGCUAUAGCAUGUUUCCCAAGGUCUACCGACAUCCAAUAUGGCACAGCUUCUCUACCUCGGACGAUCCCGCGAACCGAUAUUUUACCAUACACCCCAAAAAGCCAAGUACGGAUUUCGAACCGGCCGCUCAGACGAAGCUUUUCGAUUUCUUUCGCCAGCUAGCAGCCGAUGCGCAGGAACGUGAAGCAGGGAAACUCGAAGUGCCCAGCUCUGAUUCUCGCAUUUCUCAUGACAAAAGCGACCUAGGCGCCGCCGUUCGAGAAGAAAAAGUGAGACCUCGACGCCAUGAAGGACAGCCACAAAAUUCAUAUGGUAUGGAGAGCCUAGCGCCCAGACCCGAACCUCGCUUCGGUAUCGAUGUGAAAGAGGAUAAUUUGAGUCUUGGCCUGGACAAUAUCGAACGACUGGCAAAUACCUCACUAGACAAUAACGAAAUUUUGUCUGGGGAACUUGCCGUGCCGUAUCCGAGGGAAAGUACGCAUACUAGCAAAGAGCGAAAGCGAACAAAAGGCAAGGUCCGUGACUCGCCUUCUUUUUCGCGAAAAGCAGAGAUGACCAUCGAACCUAAAUCAACACCUGUGGGUUUCGCACGGGGACUUACGGAAAAGCAAGGGAAGAGGAAACUGGCGCUUCCUACCAUGAUCCCUUCUUCUUUUGUGCGAAAAGCAAACCGACAGAGCAGGGAAGCAAGUCAUGGAAGCUUUGAGUUUGUACCUAAAGAUCAGGUCAUGCCAAACCCAGCUGGCGAAGCACCUAGCACCCGCCAAUUGCCAGAUGAAGCGACCCCGCGUAAGGUGCUGCUGUCCGAUACUAGGUUUUGGCAACAGACCGGCCUUCGGCUUGCUGGGGAGCAAAGAGUCAGCACGAAGUCCUGGCGCCUUGCGACUGAAAGGCUGCUCCCAACCGAGUGGAAACUUUACCGCGCAUGGAAAAGGCAGAUUUAUAAUCCCACGCACGGUAUCAAUAGUGCUGUCUCCCCGUCGCCUAGUGGCGACAAUCAGAUCAAAAUCCAUCUCCCGCCAUUUAACUGGGAUGAGUAUGUGAUCCCGGUCAAGCGGACAUCUCGAUCUAUACGCCGGCACAACAAUCGUGCGGCGGCCAUGAAUGUUGUAUUUCAACACAACGAAGCCGUCCCUGAAAAUGCAAGUUGGCUCUGGAGACAUAUGCCACACUUGAAGCCACUAAUUCGAGUCAUGAUUAAAGUCAUGGAGUUAGAAAAACAGAUCAGAAGAGACCUGCGAAAUCGGCAGACCUGGCAUCCAAUGCCAAGCGAGGUUGUGCCGAUUCGCAGAGGUCGCAAGAGGAAAAACUUCUCUCGCCGGACCCUUAGACGAUAG